AUGUCGACGCCAAUUUUACCAGUCUACUUCGAGCUGAGCUGGUCAAUCUUGAGCACAAUAGGUGCCGCUAAUGUGCUGUUUGGUCUACUCGUCAUCGGCAUCACAACCUUCUCCCAGAUCACUGUGGUCCCAAUCGUGUCUUCGGCUUCCGGCGCUAUCGCGAACGGACUGUGCUACUACGCAUAUUAUGAUGGCACAUAUGCCCUCAAGAAUAAAGCAGCCGCUUCUGCGUUCGGAGACUUCUUCUGGCUGGUACAAGAGGUCGGAUUGUCUUUCUAUAGCUACGUCCUCCUGCGCAGGAUUUUGAAAGAUUGGGGCUGGAAGUUAUUCAACACCUUGUUCUGGACAAUCAUCUUGGUUUUGAUCAGCCUCCGCAUCAUGAUCGCAGUUUCUCGCGUCAAGUUUGUUCUAAGGGGGAAUACCAACCUCCAAAGCACAGUUAACAACCUCCACAUCGCCUACUUCGUGCUCAUCGCUUCGCUGGAAUGCCUUAGUUCCUUCUUCUUGCUGAAGACGUUUGCUGAAGUGAAGUCGACGUCCAUAAGAGCGACUCUGAAAGGUGGCCUAUUCAAAUAUCUCAUGCGCAGCACCGAAGUCCGUGUGGCGACGCUUGCUAUUCUCGGAACAACGAGGGCCAUCACAUACUCCUUCCAGAUGACGGCUCAAAGCGCAACGAACGCAGCUAGCCAACUGGAUCGCUUUGCGUACACAAUGGAGUGCCUCUUUCCGGUCGUCAUGUUCAUUGAUAUUCUGGCAUCCAAGCUCGUCUUCACAUCGCAGACUUAUGAGCCUAGCUGCCCACAUGGCCCAGUUCUACGGAGUUUGGUAUCGACCAGAAAGACACAGGACUGGGACCCAGCCACCCAGAUGAGCGAGAGAGUGGUCCACGUACGUGGAGGCCAAAGGAUGCGUUCCCAAGAAGACAUACUCGUCCCUGGCUGCGAUGUGGACUCGGAUGACAUAAAGACUGGUAAUCCUUUGCGAGGAAUUCAUAAGACCGUAGAGAUCAGCAUAUGGCGCUCCGAGCCGCAAAAUCCGCAAAGACCUACUCACUGCUUCACUUCACCAUAA